CAUCAAGUUGAGGUAUAACCGAGUGGAAGUAGAAAUGGAUCUGUGUUUGCUGGUGCUGAUUGCAAUUGGAAGUCUUCUCUUUUGGCUUUACCAACUAAACAAGGACUAUUAUGUGCUCGCGUUCUUUUCGCCUCGAGUGAAAACCAAGGACGGAAGUCCUUUGGAGAGCAUUGCCUCAGUGGCCAAGGCCAGGACAAUCUUUGGCAAUUCUUUUGACUUUUAUGACAUACCCGAAGCAAAAAUGUUUGAAACUUUUCGCAAGCGUAACAGGGAAAUAGGAUCAAGUUAUAUUUCAUACAGAUUUGGCCUACCCAUUUACAAUAUAAUUGAUGCUGAAAGUGCUGAGCUAGUAUUGAACGAUCAGAGACUGAUAACUAAAGGUACAGGCUAUGAGUUCCUGAAACCAGCACUUCAAACUGGACUGUUGACAUCCACAGGUAAAAAAUGGCAUAGUCGUCGCAAGCUGUUGACACCCACGUUUCAUUUCAAUAUUUUGAACCAAUUUGAGGACAUAUUCAAGAAUGUUGUUAUUAAAUCAAGAAAUAGCUACAAAGUUUCUCUAAAUGGUUUCAAUAUUUUCAGAGCUGAAAGUCUAAAGUUCGUAAACCAAUUUCAUGGAUCAUCUGAGAUUUCCAUAUCUGUUAGUGAACUGAUUCCCAGAUUCACACUCAACAGUGUUUGUGAGACUGCGAUGGGAGUUAAACUUGAUGAUAUGGCCGAGAAGGGGGAUCUUUAUCGUCAGAACUUUGCUUUGAUAGAAAAGUGGUUCAUAAAGACUUUGAGUAAUCCAUUAAAUAGGAGCAAAACAUUCUAUAAAUACUUUGGCUCCAAGAAGGAUGCAGCUGCCCUAAAAGUCAUUCAUGAUUUCUCCAACGAAAUCAUUGCCAAACGUCGCCUACUUCUUGAGGAGGAGCUACAACAACGAACAAAUAUUGAAAAUGAAGAUGAUGACUUUCACUUCAAAAAGAAGCAACGCUUUGCCAUGCUGGAUACUCUGAUCCUUGCUGAGAAAGAUGGUCUCAUUGAUCACCAAGGAAUUUGCGAGGAAGUAGACACUUUGAUGUUCGAGGGCUUCGAUACCACAUCAAUUGGUCUCACAUUUGCUUUGAUGAAUAUGUCUCUCUAUGCAGACAAACAGGAACUUUGUUAUCAGGAAAUUAACGAGUAUAUUAAAGACGACCUCAGCAAUCUGGACAUCAAUCAAAUAUCCAAGCUUAAGUACUUGGAUUGCUUUAUGAAAGAAACAAUGCGAAUGUUCCCAUCGGUACCUUCCAUGGGUCGACAGACAGUUCAAGAAACGGAACUUGCGAAUGGCCUCAUACUUCCUGCUCGCACCCAGGUUACUCUGCACGUUUAUGAUAUUCACCGUAAUAGCAAACUCUGGGAUUCGCCAGAUGAGUUUCAACCCGAAAGAUUCCUACCGGAAAACUCUAAAGAUCGUCACACUUAUGCCUUUAUUCCAUUCAGUGCUGGACAGAGGAAUUGCAUUGGUCAAAAGUUUGCAAUGCUGGAAAUGAAAACUCUGCUUAUUGUUGUUUUGAAACACUUCAAAAUUCUUCCUCUCUUUGAUCCCAAGGAUCUUGUUUUCAAUAGAGGAAUUACACUGCGAACAAGCAACAAUAUUAAAGUGAAGCUCGUGAGGCGUUCGAAUUAUAUAUUAAAUAACUUACAUUCCUCUAGAGCUGAAAGCUUCAAGUUCGUGAAACAGUUUGAAGGUAAAUCAGAUAUUGACAUCUCACUCAGUGAACUGAUACCUAGAUUCACAUUAAACGCCAUUUGUGAGACUGCAAUGGGAGUCAAACUUGAUGAUAUGGCCGAGAAAGGCGAUCGAUAUCGUAAGAAUUUUGCUAUGAUUGAACAAACUUUUAUCAAACGUUUGAACAACCCAUUUUAUUGGAGUGAUAUAAUUUAUAAGUACUUUGGCGAUAAGAAUGAUGCACUAGCCGUUAAAGCUGUUCAUGAUUUCUCGAGUGAAAUCAUUGCCAAGCGUCGCAUACUUCUCAAGGAAGAGCUGGAGCAACGGAAGAAUGUUCAGGCUGAAGCUGAUAAUGAUAUUUACAUCAACAAGAAACAACGCUUCGCCAUGCUGGAUACUUUGAUAUUUGCUGAGAAAGAUGGUCUAAUUGAUCACGAUGGAAUCUGCGAGGAAGUGGACACACUCAUGUUCGCAGGCUUCGAUACCACAUCCUUGGCCAUCAUAUUUGGUCUCAUGAAUUUGUCUCUUUGCGCUGAUAAACAGGAACUUUGUUAUCAGGAAAUUAAUGACUACAUUGAUGAUGACCUAAGUAAACUGGACAUAAAUCAAAUAUCUAAGCUACAAUAUUUGGAUUGUGUCAUCAAAGAAACAUUGCGAAUGUUUCCCUCUGCCCCAGUCAUUGGACGUGAUGUUAAAAAGCGAACAGAACUGGCCAAUGGUGUCAUACUUCCCGCUGGAGCUCAGGCUGUUUUGCACGUGUUUGACAUCCAUCGUAAUCCCAAAUAUUGGGAUUCACCCAAUGAGUUCCGACCCGAGCGUUUCUUGCCCGAAAAUUCAAGAGAUCGUCACAUAUAUGCUUAUAUGCCCUUUAGUGCUGGACAACGUAAUUGCAUUGGACAAAAGUAUGCUCAGCUUGAGUUGAAGACUUUCUUCAUCGUGGUGCUCAAGAAAUUCAAAGUUUUACCUCUCAUGGAUCCCAAGGAUUUUGUUUUUAAUACUGGAAUUACACUACGAACCAACAAUAAUAUUAAAGUCAAGCUGGUGAAGAGAAGUUCGUAAAUUAUAAAUUGUUUUUUACCUGUUGUAAUUAACUUAAAGAUAAGGUGUUAAUUAACAAUAAAUAUGGAACCAGUUGUUUACUCUA